AUGACCUUUGAUCCCGGAAGUCGUUCUAAGUUUGUAAUAAUUAUACCAAUAGUGCCACGUCUCUUUAAUAUUUUCAGAACUAUCAGAGUUCGAUCAGAAGAGGAAUUAAAUGAUGUUGCACACAUGUUAUUGGACAAACCAUUUCUGACUGAUAUUAGAUGGGAAAAAGUGGAAGUCUGUUUUCCUGCCAGAGUUUACACAGCUGAGGGAAAUGCGUUUGUUUACGUCAACACUUUACACAGAACCAUUCGUGAUCAAAUAAAUGAGGGACUCGAUGAAGCCAAAAGACUCAUGCGAGAUGACAAGAAAUUCUUCCUUCAGUUUGACUUCAAAAAAUCAAUGUCAGCGUAUUUCUGUGAAAAAAUCCAAAUUCGAGAUGACGAGGAUCACGAUAGGUUAGAAGACUGCAGAUGUGGAUACGGAAAGAUCGCUAUCACAAACUGCAGCAAAUAUUCCCCGUUGUUCAAAUUUGAAGAUAAGGUGUGCCCUCUGUGGGUUAUUUGUUCACCGCUGUGUUUGCUGACACUUCCUUGUUACCUGAUCUACAGAAAACUGACAUGUAAUGACAUGCACUGCGACGUCAAAUCAAAACCACUGCCAAUUCCAUAUGACCUAGAAGAGGACAUUGUUAACAAAUACUAUAAGAAUAAACCUGUGAAAAAUGAAACGCCGACGACAAUCGUGACCGAGCCAGACAGCAGUUACACCAGUGCGGUUACUCACGCAAAAUUGUCAAAUACCAAAAUAACAAGGCGACGUGUCAAGAAAUGGGUACAGGCUAUUGCGGGGAAGAAAAAGGAAAAAUGCAUCGAUGACAAAGAAGGCUUAGUGCAUAUUCUGUAG